AUGGUGGGCUUCAAGGAGCAGGGAUAGACAGACUCAAGGGACCAGGGAACAGACAUCAGCUCCGGCCUCUGUGUGUCCCAGCAUGGGGUGCAUAAAGAAGACCCUGCCUUUUCUCCUCAUUUAUGUGUCCAUGUAUAUACACAGGACUCCGUCACAGGAAGCUGACCCAGCUAGACAAAGAAAGCCGUUUUUCGAGAGGCUCCGUCGACUAGAAGAGCAGUUUCAGAGAUUCCAACAAGUGACCUUAACACACCUGCAGGACAUUGCCAACAACUACAAUGUGUACUACAAUAUGGAUGCCCGCUUCCAGAGCCUGGUGGAACAGAGCCAAGCUAUAGCUCAAGCGAUGAAUCAGUCUCAAGCUGCCAUACAAGGAGAUGUGGCCCACCUAAAGAACUGGUUUAGGAAGAGCCAGAGACGGAGCCGGAAGACAGAUGCUCGGCUUCAAGCCUUGGACCUCUCCCUGAGCACAAAGAGCAGACAGUGGGUAGAGAAAGAAAAAGAGCAAAAGACACAGAGGGAGGCUAUUGCAAGCCUGGCCCUAAGCUUUCAGGCACUACAGGAUGGGCUAGCCAGCCUCACACAGCAAGUCCAUAGCCAGGAUGCCAGGCUUGCUGCUCUUGAGGGACAGACACAGAGGGCCUCCCCCGGUACUGUGGCCCUGAGGCUGACCACAGCCCCAACCCUCACUCAGCUUGCUCAACGAGGCCCAGGUUCCUUGCAAUUGUGGAAGGACAGCCAGGCAUCCAAGUCUUCACCCCAACACAGGAAUUCCCCCCAAGACUUCCCUGUCCACGUCCAGGAGAUGCAGAAGUUCCAAGCCCCAAGCAGCCAUCAAACAGUUCCACCAAGGACCUACCAAGGACCCGGAAACAUUUGCAGCAUGGGCCCAGUGCUGAUUUUCCCCAACACCUCCACUGAAAAUGUGAUCUUUCUUAGCCCUGGCUUCCUCAUGCCCCUACGAGCCCUGUCCUUCUGCAGUUGGGUCCGAAUGACCACCAGACACCUGGGCACCCUCCUUUCCUACGCCACCAAAGACAAUGACAACAAAUUAGUACUGCAUGGUCGAGACUCCCUGGUUCCUGGCUCCAUCCACUUUGUGAUUGGUGACCCAGUCUUCAGGGAAUUGUCCUUGCAGCCACUUCUGGAUGGUCAGUGGCACCACAUUUGUAUCAUCUGGACAUCUGUGGAGGGCAAGUACUGGCUCCACGUAGACCGAAGGAUAGUAGCCACCGGCUCCCACUUCAGGGAGGGCUAUGAGAUCCCUCCUGGAGGGUCACUUGUACUGGGCCAGGAACAAGACACUGUGGGGGGUGAGUUUGACAGCUCGGAGGCCUUCGUAGGGGCCAUAUCUGGCUUGGCCAUCUGGGACCGGGCACUGCUCCCUAGAGAAGUUGCAAACUUGGCCACUGGGAAAGAGCUCCCCACAGGUGCCAUUCUGACACUGACCAAUGUCACAUCUGUGGGUGGAUUUGUACAGAGAGCCAAAUGUACCUGCCUGGAGCAAUGUCCAUAAGGCUGCCACACGUGGGCUGUGUCACCGUCAAGAAGAACAAGCCUCCAUAUCAAUGCAUAUUCCAAAACACUUCCCUAUGGUCACUGCUGGGCUAUGUGGCCUGUGCUCUAUCUAAUAUAGGAACUUCCCACAUGGAGACUCAGAUUAGACAGAAAAAGUUCAGUGGGGAAAGAGAGGGGUCCAAGACUGCAAUUUCCCAUUGCUGUGGAAUUUGUUUGUUUGUUUGUGCUUUUGAUUGUUGUUUUCUGAGACAGGGUUUUAUUGGUCCUUAUUGGCCUAAAACUUACUCUUCAUCCCAGACUGGCCUCAAACCCAUAGCAAUCUGCCACCAGGGUGCUAAGAUUCCAGAUGCAACCACUCCCCACCCCUUUCUUUCUUUUUCAUUUGAAAGAUUCUCACUAUAUCAGCCAGAUUCGCUUGAGUUCAUGAUCCUCCAGCCUCUUGAGUGCCAAGACACUGGCCUCCACAGUGAUAAAGUACAGGCUGCACCUUCCAAGCCAUUCUCAUUUCAUGUGUAGUAUGCUAUUCUUUGACCCCAGCUGAGUUGGCAGAUAGGAACACUGGGCUUGGGUGGGCUUCUAAAGUACCUUUGUAGCCACAAAACGCUGUCAGACAGAUGAGAGGCCAGUUCCUGGGGACCCCCUUGAAGUCACAAGAAGUACUUUUACCAUAGUUGUCUCCUCUUCAAAGAUUCACUGGAGUUCUCCUGCGAACAUGGAUAUUCCAACAUCCUUCUCCUGAAAAAGGCUUACCAUUCUGUCCUCUUUUCCCUUUUCACAAGAGGCCUAGGGACUCCCUGGAGGUAAACUAGCCAUUCUUGUUCUGUUGUCUGUGAGAGCCAUUAAAACUACCAGAGCUACCAUUAAAGACAUCCUAAUAAUGCUUUAAAACUUGAUUUAUCAAGCAUUAUUCUCAUAUGUGCCUUUUAGAAAGUUUUAAGAUUUUAAUAAAAGUGCUGAGUUGUGCAACCAUCAC